CCAGAGGCCGUGCCCUCUACGGGCACGAAUUUGCAAUCGGCUGUUGUAGCUCCAAAUUCUCCUUCUUAUGGCAGUUUUGGUCUUACUAAAAUUAAAGUUUUUAAUGACAAAGAAAAUAAACACGAAGAACGAGACGAAGUCGUUGAUAAUGACAGUGGUAUGUCAUCAGAAGAAAAUGAGGACUCUCUAAAAUUAAGCAUAAGUACUAAUAAUAAUAAGAUAGAUAUUGUAAGUUCCGUAUUAGAUGAUAAAUGUGAAGUAAUAACAAAGUGCCUAACUAGUAAACCUCACUGGAAUGAGAUUCCAUGUUGUUCAAGCAAUGUUACUAAUGUAAGUGUUACUAGUGAUGUGGUAGAUAGCACUGGGAUAGGCCCGGACCAUGAAGUUGACUUAGUCACGAAAAACGGUGAUAAAAAAGUUUCAGAUUUCAUUGUGAUAGAUCUGACAUGUGAUGUCAAUGAUGUUUGUGAGUCUAUUAAUUGUGAGCGGAAUGUUGGCGGUACAAAUACAAGCAACAUUGAUUGUGAUCCUUCUAGUAUACGUAGUUUAGAUUCAAGCCAAAGUUUAGUUCCUGUCCUGAACAACGAAAUUGUUAAUACCGAGAACCAGAAGUUGGUGAGUUUAUCAUUAUCGAUAUUACUUGCCGCUUUACUGCAAGCGAUGCGUUGUUUCGCCCAGUUUCUAGAGGACAUAGUUAUUCCUCAACGGUAAUAUAUUAGUUUAAUGUUAUAUUGUGUUCCUUUAUACUUUACUGCAGUAUUUAUCUGAAUUGUAUUUUAUUAAUAUAGUAUCAUAUAUUUAAUUAUCGCAUUGUAUAA